AACCUCGUCACCCCUAAGUGGUGGACUCAACUGUGGCUCAACGAAGGUUUCGCUUCAUUUGCGAUGUAUAUUGCUGUCGAUCAGGCUGAGCCAGCUUGGAGGGCGAAGGACCAGUUUAUCUUCGAGGAAGUACAGAGCUCCUUCAAUAUAGACUGUUUGGAGAACUCUCACCCUAUCCACCUCCCCGUCGAGCAUCCUGACGACAUAAACCAGAUCUUUGACCGCGUCACUUAUGGCAAGGGUUCCUCCAUUAUUCGCAUGAUGAGCCACUUCCUGACGGAGGCCACCUUCAGGAGCGGCCUCAAGAACUACCUCAGUGCUCUCCAGUUCGGCAACGCUGACCAAGACGACCUCUGGGAUUUCUUGACGGCCGCCGCCCACCGCGACAGGACGCUGCCGGAGUGGAUGACGGUGAAGAUGAUAAUGGAUACAUGGACGCUGAAGAUGGGCUACCCUGUGUUACAUGUAGUGAGGAGCGGAGACGGCACCUCGGCCACCAUCACACAGGUACACGAUUACCUCUCAUUUCUCAGACGCAUUAAUAACUUAUCCUGUUCUGGGACUUAACAUAAGAACAUAAGAAAGAAGGAACACUACAACAGGCCUACUGGCCCAUGCGAGGCAGGUCCAAUUUUCCCAUCGGCUUAAGCCAAUGCCUUAACCUAGUCAGGUCAGUCACAUUCAUUGAAGGGAGGAGCGCGGCAUCUUCCAUACCUCACA